UGCAAGUGGUUUGGUUUCAGUGGUUGUCGUCCAGAUCUUCCUUGGUCUCUUGAAGUUGUGAGCAUCCUGAUUUAACUGGCUUAACUUCCUCCUACUGAUGAGGCUCAAUUAUUCGUUCAUAUUUUUUCCAUCAUUGAGAGGCCUAGGGUCAGAUGUCGGAGCGGUGUGGCCACUCUUGACUCUUGUCCUCAGGCACGUGGGCUCACUCAGCACUUGCAGCUUGGAUUUUUAUGUGGACCUUCAGACCUUACGAACAUGUUUGCUCCCCUGCUCUCUUACACAAUUUCUUGUUGACUUGCUUGCGUUCCAAAUGUGCUAGGCCGAAACGAUAUAUGUCGGCAGAGUGUGCGGACUACCCUUGUAUCCUGAAGCAGGCACAUGGAGAGUUCGGAAAGGACUGUUAUCGUUGUGAUGUUUGCCUGAACUUUGGCACCAUACACCCGGACUUGCUUACAGUUGCUUUGCCAUUACUUGUUUUGUUAGUCCCUUUGUUGCCCGAGGAGUGCAAUAUUGUCCACAGCCCUGAGGAUGUUUGCAAGGCCAUUCCAGCAAAGGCGUUGAGGCUGUUGGUCUGGCUCAAAGGCUGGUGUCUCCAAAGAGCUCAGACGGGUAAAGGACAUCAAAUCACACACCUCGUUUUGAGCCAAACCCAUUCAAAUUAGGCCACCAGCUAGCAUCUUCAGGCUGUGAACGCAAUCUGGUGUUGUAAUUCUGAUGUUUUUUGUCGUGCUUUGUGUUGGCCUGAGCCUUGAAGAUCCAGAGGUGACACCGCAGGGACUGGGGACACGCUGGGUACUGCAGGAACUUGUACAUGGGCGCUUUGAGGUCUCGACUACCGUCCUGGCAGACUUUGGGCACAUUCUGGACGAAGUCAGCACGUGCUAUGAAUACGAUUCCGAGACCUACGUUUGGCCACGCUGCCGGGGGGUGAGCAAAAGCUUGUACAGUGUGCCGCACGGGCAUUUGAAGAUCUUCGAGCAGUUUCUGGAGAGCUAUUCUGGGAUCUGCAAUUUCAACUACAAGGUGCGUGAUGGUGAACUUCGCAUCUUUGAGCUGAAUACUCGCAUAGGAGGUGACCUGGCGGUGGAUGCACCCUGUGAGAGGGCACGUAGGCUGUUUGAGAAGCUGGAUGCACACUGGUGCAUCUCUUCAAACGACACAAUGCCAGAAAAGCAAUUUGCAUUCUGCCGCAGUACAGGUUUGCCACAGUGAAAUGCGUGCAAGAAAGAGUUGUGCACCAAUGUCAUGGACCGGCCCAAGGCCCAAGGCACUUGGU